UGAAUACACAGGGGAAUGUUGUACAUAGAGCUACUGGGUGAGAAGUGGAGUCUGAGUGUGAAGAGAACUGUCUGUGCCCUCUGUCCCCUGCAGAAAGCCAACAAAGGACAGAGCCGGGCCAUCGAGCGCCUGAAAAAGAAGAUGUUUGAGAAUGAGUUCUUGCUGCUGCUCAAUUCCCCCACAAUCCCAUUUCGGAUCCACAAUCGGAAUGGAAAGAGCUACCUGUUCCUACUGUCCUCAGACUAUGAGAGGUCAGAGUGGAGAGAAGCAAUUCAGAAACUACAGAAGAAAGAUCUCCAGGCCUUUGUCCUGAGCUCAGUGGAGCUCCAGGUGCUCACGGGAUCCUGUUUCAAACUUAGGACUGUACACAACAUUCCUGUCACCAGCAAUAAAGACGACGACGAGUCUCCAGGACUCUAUGGCUUCCUCCAUGUCAUCGUCCACUCUGCCAAGGGGUUUAAACAGUCAGCCAACCUGUACUGUACCCUGGAGGUGGAUUCCUUUGGCUACUUUGUCAGCAAAGCCAAAACCAGGGUGUUCCGGGACACAACAGAGCCCAAGUGGGACGAGGAGUUCGAGAUUGAGCUGGAGGGGUCUCAGUCCCUGAGGAUCCUGUGCUACGAGAAGUGUUAUGACAAGACUAAGGUCAACAAGGACAACAACGAGAUCGUGGACAAGAUCAUGGGCAAAGGGCAGAUCCAGCCCCAGAAGCCCACGUGUGCCUGGUUCCUUGGGCUUCCACAUCUGGUGCAGUGGAUCAUCCACACUCCUGCAGGACAGACUACAAGGAUGACAGCUACCUUUGUUUUCACAUCCCAUCUUUAGCCUACUAGUGGCUUUUUCCAGUAACACUGUGUUAAGAAGGAUUCUGAGGCUGUAUCCAUGAGAGCUGUGUUGGAUUAGCCCUGUCUGCCAUGGGAGGAGUGAGACCCCAAGCAUUUGCCACUGGACUGGAAGGGCUUAGGAUCCAACUGAGUUGCUGGGGGCUGGUCUCUGACCUGUUGCUAGGGUUGCUGGGCUUUACUCACCUGUGCCAGGAGUUCAUUGGCUUAGGGUGAGUCGUGUGGUACGAGCAGGGGCAGGUCCUGAGUCGGGGUAAGAGUAUAUAUGCCUCAGCUACGUUUUUCGGUACCUUACAAAUGUACAGAGGGUAAAGGGCUUUGUUUGCAGCCUGUGUCUUGGGAAAUUCUGCCAGUUUUGAAGAUGGCUGCUAUUCA